CCCCCCCCCACCCACCGCUUUCUGACGGCUCGCCUUGCAUCGGCCCUUUUCAACUCUCUCAACAGAGGCAAACGAAAUCAAAUCCGAUUUCCUCGGCGAAGCGUCAUGAGCGAUGGCUCUCCAGAGCGCCGCCAGCACCUCUGCCCGCCCUGACUCGUCCUCCUCGCUGUUUGGCUCUGAGAUCCAGAAGUCCCCCUCGCCCCCCGCCCAGCACCGCCGCGGAUACCAGGCCUGCGAUCCGUGUCGCAAGCGGAAAGUGAAAUGCGAUCUAGGGAGCGUUGAUAAUCCUAGACCCCCCCCCUGUGUCCGGUGCCGCCGCGAGAGUAAACGAUGCGAGUUCUCUGCCACAAGACGCAAGCGCAAGCCCUCCCUCUCCGCCGAGGAGACUGUCGAGGGCGUCCUGAUCCGCGAUAAGAGGGUGAUGGUCGGCGAAGUUGGGGACGAUGAGAGCGACAAGGGAAAUAAUCCUGAUGAGAAUGGCAAAUGGGCCGAUGCGCCCUCCAUCGCGAGCCAUCUGCACCGCUCCCACUCCUACCCGAAGCAUACCGGCUCUACUGCGUCGGGAUCGAUGAAUGAUCCAUCAGUGAAUACGGUUUCUACAGCGCCGAUCCAACAAGAAACAAGUGCCAUGCGAGCAUCGAUAUAUAACGGGCAAGGUGGCGGUGGUGGUGGUGGUGGUGUGGUCAACUACGGUCUUGACGGAGGAGGUCAUGCAAUGAUGAACCGUACGGCUGUCGAGCUGCUCUCCCCGGCCAUCAGCAAUAGCCAUGAUGCCCUGCAUCUACUCUCGGAAGCGGCGGGUCGAACCGAGGACCUCAAUCGACAGAGUCUGGAGAAUCGAGUGUACGCUGCUGCCGCAGCGCGCCACCACCAGCCGACAGUCUCCUCGUUCAACUCCCCCAUGUCCACCAUGACUCAGGCGGGCACACCACGCAGUACUUCAGGGCUAUACUCGCGCACGACGUCACGAGGGGGUUACUAUCAGGGUGCCAGUGCCAGUGCCAGUGCCAGUGCUGGUGGUUCUGGCCCUGCUUCUGGUACAAGUGUGACUGGGAAUAAUGCGGAUACGGGGCCCGUCGAUCCUCAGAUUUCCGACCAUCGUGGCCAGACAGGCGGUUCUGCUAGUUUCCAGGACCCGGGAUACGUCGACGCUGUCAAGGCGUGGUCACGACUUCGGUUUGUUCGUGCAGGCUGGUUAACGGUUGAAGAAGCCAUGACCUAUGUGAAAUACUACUACGACCAUCUCGCUCCCCUCAGUCCCAUCGUCAUCCCUGAUUUCUCACAGCCGGCAACGCAUCGCACCUUGCUGACCGACGAACCUGUUCUCGCCGUGACCAUUCUGACCACGGCGUCGCGACACGUCAAACCCAAGGGGGAGGGUGCCUACACGCGCUCCUACUAUAUUCACGACCGGCUGUGGUCUUAUCUGCGCGGCAUGAUCGAGCGGCUCUUCUGGGGCCAGGAGAAGUUCGGUCCCAGCGGCUCAGGUGCCAGUAAGCCGCGCUUCAUUGACCUGGCGCCCACGGCAGGCGGUGGCAUCUACAAAGGCAACCUGCGCUCGCUGGGCACUGUCGAGGCCCUCCUGCUGCUCACAGACUGGCACCCACGGAACCUGCACUUCCCUCCAGGUGACGACGAGAACACCCUGCUCGACAUGGACGCACAUAUUCCCGCGCCGCCACACACGACACGUACCACUGACCGGGAGAUGGACGCAGCGGACACCGGUGACCAUACAGCCGCCAACCGGGGGGCGUCGACGAGUGAGGGCCGGCUGGCGUUCCAAAAAUGGCUGGAGCCCGCGUGGCGAUCAGACCGGAUGUCAUGGAUGCUGCUGAGCACAGCACAGGCGCUAGCCUUUGAGCUAGGAGUGUUCGACUCGAAGAGCGAGAGUAGGACGGUCAACGAGACGCCCGCGGAGCAGACGCGCAAACGACGCCUCCGCCGAUUGAUCCUCGUCUACAUCACGCAGAGCAGUGGGCGGCUGGGGAUUCCCUCCAUGCUACCACUGCCACAAUGGGGGCCGGAUAUCCAGCCCACCGUGGUCACUGACGCCAAGGCCGCGGGCGAUGUCUCCGUUGACCGCAUGCAUGACUGCUGGAUUGGCAUUUCCAAGAUCAUGUACCAGAGCAACCAGCUGCUGUUUGCCUCGAACGAGCAGACCUCGGAGCUCAUUCGCAGCGGACGCUAUCGGGAGCAGAUCGACCGUUUCCUUCCCUUUCUACGUGAAUGGCGGCAGUUGAUCGACAAUACGACCUUGUGCCCCCCCAUGCGUAGCAUUCUCAUGAUCGAAUAUGAAUACACGCGCCUCUAUGUCAACUCGCUGGCCCUCCAGGCUGUUGUCGACCGGUGGACGACCAUGUCCAACGAGGCGGCCACCGCGCAGGUGCAGAACGGGCGACCGGGCUCUGGUCCAAACUCGGGCUCGGGCUGGUUCCGCGUGCUGAUGGAGCUGUACCGUGUGAACGAGCCAUAUAUCCAGGAGGUGGUGGACGCAUCCCGCAAGAUUCUGCAGACUGUUCUAGAGGGCUUGGUUCCGGGGGAUCAUCUCAAGCAUGCGCCUGUGCGGACUUGUUUUCGGAUCCUGUCGGGGAUGAUAUUCAUUCUCAAGACAUUCACCCUUGGCGCGAAGGAAGACGACGUACGCGUCUCGCUCGACCUCCAAGACCGAGUUGUGGACGCUUUGCGCACCAACGUCGUCGACGACGUCCACCUGAGCCACACGAUUGCCCGACUGCUUGAACUGCUGACUUCGAGCAUCCGCACGCGCUUCCUGCGCUUCGCACCGCACGACCGGGCGGGCGACGGUGAGGCCCAGGAGCGGCCUUCGGCCCCUGUUUCUCGCCUGCAGUCGCCUUGUCUGCGUGGCCGUGAGAUGGCCAGCAGCCAGCACUGGCACCAGCAGCCGCAGCAGUCACAUCCGCAGCCACCACAACCACCGCCGCCACUGCCGUCACAUCACCAACAGCAGCCGCAGCAGCAGCAACAACAGCAACAGCAACAGCAACAACAGCAACAGCAACAGCAACAGCAGCAGCAGCAGCAGCAACAACAGGCAAACCUGGGCUACAUCGACAAUAACACGUCAGCGACGGACCCUCUGGCGAGCAUCCCUGCGCAGCCGAUCAACUCGUCCAACAUCAGCGUCUCCUUCAUGCCGCCGCCCCUUUCGGCGUACUACCACUACUACGAGAAUUCACCGGAACUCAACAGCAACAACAAUAACAACAACAACAGUAGUAACAGCAACAGCAACAGCAACAACAAUAAUAAUAAUAAUAACAACAAUAGUAACGGCAGCAGCAACGGGAACCCUGCUGAUAAUCUCCCGUCGGUGAACAACGACGGCACGGCCAUCCCGGACUGGUUCGCCCUGCCGUUGGACCAGUUUUUCAACAGCUCGACGGCCGUCGUGGACCAGGGAUUAGGGGGUACAGGGCCUAUGGUCGGCGAGUUUGACAUGUUGGAGGUGCUCCUGAACGAGCAGUAUGAUGGCAAUGAGAUGAUGAUGGAUUCUCCUUCUUUUUGACGAAUCAUGUUAUAUACCCUGUAUAUAUUAACCCAGGUAUAAAUUAUAACUCAAUACUUACUCUGCAUUACCAUGUGUAAGGCAUGGCUUGAACCAUGGCUACACA